UGGCUCCAAGCCUGCCAGCUAAUUGGCCCACCAUCACAUUCGUGCGUUUCGCAGCCAACUGAAUCGCUUCGUGCGCUAUUUCUCAUCGCAUUAAUCGAGCGAGCAAGUUGUUGCAAGUGCUAGCUAUCGCGAGGCUUCACAAUAGCAUCUCAAAGCUCAGCCUGCAGCCUGAGCUAGCUGCGCUAAAGCAAUGCAAAGACUCGCACUCCUCGCCGCAGCAGUACAAACGACGGCGCUGCAGCGCCCGCCCGUGGUCAAACGCGUCGACGUCGAGGUCACGCGACAGCUCGACGGCGUCUCACCGGAGCACGCCAGGGAAGCCUGGCUCGACUACAGCUGGACGAGCGGCGGCGGCAUCCCGGCGCUUGUGUUGCGCGAGCCGGCGGACGCGAAGCUGCCAUCAGCAAGAACGCUCGUCCCCGCGGGACUGCGCGAGGAGCUCGCGUACGUCGACGAGACGGCCGACGAGGAAUUGGUCGCGCGUUACCGCGUGAGCGACCCCGGCCCCCUGCUCGGUUUAGAUGUUGUGAACGGCUCGCAUACUGGAUUGGUCGCCUUCUCACAAACAGAAAACGGCUGCGAGAUGCGCUGGGAGGUGUCCUUCGACUGUCGAGGACGGGCGGGCUUCUGGAAGCAGGCGACGGAGUUUCUGGUUGGGAACGCCGCCGAUGCGCUGCAAUCUUAUGUAACGAAACCGAGCGCGCCGUACUGGUUCGACCCUCUAUCAGAAUUCGGCCUCGCGCGCGACGGCGACGCAUCAGACAAGCCGCUGCUUUUGGUUUUGCCGGGGCUGGACGGCUCGUCGGUGACGGCGUGGAUGCAGUACCCGGAGCUCGGCGAGGCCUACGACCUGCGGUGUUUGGUAUUGCCGGCGAACUGCCGCGGCAGCUACGAGGACUGGGUCAAUACAGCAGUCGAGGAGGUCGAGAAGGCGGCGCUGAGAGCGGAGGCGUCGCGACUGCUGAAGAAAGUGGAGAGGCCCGUCUUCGUGCUCGGCGAGUCCAUGGGCGCGGGCGUCGCGUUGGACGUCGCGGCCCGGAGUAGCGUCGCCGGCGCAGUCCUCGUCUCGCCGGCGACGGGCGGGGACCGCACGGCGCUGGGCGGCGCCCGAUCCAAGCUCGUUCGGCUUCCGGACCCCGUGCUGGCGUUGGUCAUCGCGCUGUCGUCUUAUCAAUUACUGGACAGAGGCCAGCUGGACACGACGCUGCGGAGGAUAGCGACGGGCGAAACGUCUCCACUGCUAGAAGGCGAGGAUCGGGAGGCCUACGCGUGGCGCGUCGUUGGCGAGCUGCCGCAACGGCUCGCCUUGCCGGCAUCAGCCUGCCGCCACCGCAUGCGCGAGUGGGUCGGGCCGUCGAUCGCCGCGGGCUCCGCCGAUGCGCUGCAAAAGCAGACGGCGCCCCUUUUGAUAGUAGCGGGCACGGCGGAUUUAAGGGUACCGGCGGAGGAAGAAGCGAGACGGAUCGCGCGGGACGCGCCACCACAAUGUUUACCGAGAUUACACUUCGUCGAGGGCGCGGGCCAUGCUGGUGCGACAGAUGAUCGACUUGACCUGAGGGCGGUCAUGGACGCGUGGCGGCGGGAGGUUGUCGGGGUCUGAGGCU